UGCGAAGUUUUAUCCAUCUUUAUUCAUAUUUAUCCAUAUAUAUUUCUUGAUAUGUGUGGAUUUUUACUGGCUUGUUUUUAAGGAAUUUGGUGAUUUGAGUGUGAUACUUAAAGAAUGGAGAGAUAUCGCACAUAUAAUCGGACCAGUAUUAAAGCGAAGAGCUGCCAUUUGUUGGGCUAUUGUUUUUGCACGACUACUAGAAGCUGCUCACAACAUAGCUCUCGAUGAAGAAACGAAAUCAUUCAUUGAGAUUUCGAUCAAUGAUUUGGUGAAGAAGAUAAAGAAAGACACAAAAGAUAUGGAAAUCGGAUCAUUGAAGAAAUGCUUCAAAAUCAUUAGGGAAAGUGGGUUAGCAAAGAAAUCUCCAACUUCUGUGCAAAACGACGAAUUAGCACAAAAAAUAACUUGGGUAUUUGCUUCAGAAGAGAAAGCCAAUAUGACUUUCAUUGUAACCAAAUUAAACCGUUCUCCCGUUGGUAUCAUCAUUGAAAUAGAUGAAGAGUUCGGAGAACUUCGCGAGGGAAUUUAUAAAGUCAGGCGAGUACAACCCGAUAGCAAUGGUGAUAUACUAAGGCAUGCACUAUUGAUCACGGGCCAUGGACACACCCCAAAUGGACGGCAUUUUCUAAUCACUCGAAACUCUUGGGACACAGAUUGGGGUGUCAAGGGUUAUGGUAGGAUUGCAAUAGAAGGUGACAUGACAUGUUUAGUGUUUUAUCCGACAUUCUAGGUUGAAGGAUCUUCACAUAACGCAGCAUGUACAAAGAGAUGGAAAGAGCAAGAAGAUUUCAAGAGAGUGUGUAGUUGAAGUGAGAAUAGCAAGGAGAAUUCAAGUAUUCAUCUUGAACGAGAGCUUCUAGCUACUUUUUAAUAUCCAUGCACACACAACUCUUUUUCCUUUUUAUUUUACCCCAGCUAUUAAAAAUUUAUAGUUUUUUGGCGGUUAAAUUGUCUAGAAUUGAAAACUUGUCUUGUAAUCAAUGUUGACCAUUAAAAUCAUGUCCAAGGGUCUUUACCAACAGUAUAAUUAAAGACCAUCUAUCGCGGGAGCUGUUUGACUUAACACGAAACCACAAAGGAGACUACGCAAAUGAAUUAGUAUAUG